AUGGCGAUGCCAACACAGCACACCCAGGCCCUAGAGGUCGACGAGAAUCAACGCACCCUGCCCACCUUCUGCCCCUAUACAGGUUUGAGCUUGAUCCCACUGCCGACUCCCAGCCCGCAGGCCCUCGCGGCAAGGGAAGAUGAGGACAAACGGGAUCUGUUUAAAGUCACCAACGGCAGCAGCCAGCCCUUCCACCUCCUCGACCUGCCCGCCGAGAUUCGCCAGAUGAUCUACCGUUUCAUCCUGGGCUACCGCACCCUCCACGUGCGUCAGCCCUCCAAUAAGGAGGUCCAGCAGCGUCCUGACGAGGAUUGGGUGCAAGGAAGACUUGACUGGGCGUAUUUCGUCUGCAAAUGCGGGCCUGCCGCGCACGGGACCCUAUCCGAGUACGCCGUCGGGCAGAUCUGGGCUGGCGAUGCUGAUGUCGAUGACAGGCCUACUACUCCGGGAAUGAAGCUGCGCAAGAAAGAUGGAUGGAGACGUGCAAUCCCAGCGUGUGCCUUUAGGGACGACACCGACUGCGCCGCGAUCGAAAAGGGAGAUACAACCGUCAUCCAGGAAAAACUCCACCUCGACAUCCUCCGUGUCUCCAAACUGGUCCAUGCCGAGGCCCGCGAUGCCCUUUUUGCAACGAACAUCUUCGCAUUCUCACAGAGGCUUGCGCUCGCGGAGUGCACCAUUCCCCAUGAGCAAUUCGGGCACGCACACCUGGCGCGUAUCCGGAAUGUGAUCCUCUGUGUUCAGCCGCUUAAAAUCGACAUGUGCGUGCUGAAUGGGUUUUUGCGCGAUAUCAACGAUGGUAUUGGGAUCGAUAACCUUACGGGCCUGCGGAAGCUGCAAAUCGUCGUGAAGUGUGAUACCAAGAAGGUCGAUGAGACGAGGUACGACUGGACCGAGAUGUGGCGCGUCACGGGUUUGCUUUCGUUUGCCAAAAUCGACAAGCUCGAAGUUGCAGUGGAUGUUCGGUCUGCGUAUGACAGAAAGAACAGCACGCAGCGGGACAGAGCGGACAAGUAUGCCAGAAUGCUUGAGGGGAGGAUUGCGCGUCCGUGGGAUGUUGUCAAGCAGGAGGUUGAGGCGCUUUGGAUGGCGUAUGAGGAGAAGGCUCGGGAUGCUGAGGCCUGGGCUGAUGGUGUUCGUUUCCUUUGA